AUGACCAGCUUCGACGUUUCCAAGGCGCGAUCUCACUUCCCCUCCCUCACCUCUGGCUACAUCUUCGCAGACAACGCCGGGGGUUCCCAAGCAGCUAAAACUGUGGUUGAUAGGAUCAGCGAUUACCUCCUCAACACGAAUGUUCAGUUAGGCGCGGAUUAUUCGGUCUCGCUACGGAGUACCAGUAGAGUCCUGGCUGAAGGGCCGACUGAAGCGGCGAAACUUUUGAACGCGACAUCUCCUGAUGAAAUAGUUUUCGGCAGCAGUUCGACUUUGAAUCUCGAAAAUUUGGCCAGAGGUUUGGAGAAAGAUAUACAGCCUGGUGAUGGGUUUAUUGUGACAGGGGAACAUGAAGCCAACGUGGGUCCUUGGAAGAAGCUCGCCGAUCGUCGAGGUGCCACAGUUAAAUAUUGGCAAGCCACUCCGACGUCCGACGACAAUCCAUACUCUGUCAGUCUGAAGGUUGAUGAACUUAUCCCACUCAUAUCCGAGAAGACGCGCAUUGUCGCAAUUACCGCUUGCUCCAAUAUUCUCGGAUCAAUCUUGCCUGUCAAAGAAAUUGUCAAGGCUAUCAGAGCUGAAGCGAAAGCUCAGGGUGCCGAGAAGGUCGAGAUCUCGUUGUUUUGCAGAUGCAGGCGUAUAGAUGUCCAAGAUUGGGACGUCGACUUCUGUGUAUUUUCAUUUUAUAAGGUUUAUGGACCUCACAUUUCAUGUCUUUACGUCCGGGCAUCCGUGCUAGAAACCUCUGUAUCAUCUAUUGUCCACCAUUUUCUCAAAGUUGACACAGUGGCGUACAAAUUACAACCUGGGGGGGCUGGUUACGAGAUCGUUUAUGGCACUACCGGAGUUCUCGCGUACCUCCUAUCAUUAACGCCGGCCAACGACCUGCAGGCUACUUUUGACGCCAUUGCUCUUCACGAGCAGAAUCUCGUGAAGCCUCUGUUAUCAUUCCUAACGGACAAUAUUCAGUACGAGAGAGGCGUCAGAGUUAUUGGAAAAGCUACAGCUGACCUGACCCGUGCGCCGACCAUUAGCUUUGUUGUUGUCGGGCAGAGGCCGAUGAAGAGUAAGGAUAUCGUCAACGUUUUUGACCAAAAAGGCGGGGUUGGCAUUCGAUACGGUCAUUUCUAUGCUUACACCUUGGUCGAUGAUCUUUCACCCAAGCUCGACGUUGACGAUGGCGUUGUCCGUAUUUCCUUGGUGCACUACAACACCGUGCAGGAGGUCAACCGAAUUAUUGACAUUAUGAAAGAAAUUUUGGCGUAG